AUGAAAGAUAAAAAGAAGGAAAUAAAAUCUAAGUUUGAAGUAGCAAUGAGAGGUAAAGGAAAGCAAACCAAAGGAAUUAAAACCAAAGGAAAGAGCGUAGACAAGGGAAAAGAAGCGACAAACGUGAAACCUAAAGGAAAGAAAGGAAGUGAAGUAGAACCAUUAACUGAAACAUCUAACACAAACAUAACAAUUUGCGUAGUUUGCUUAGAAGACACUGACGAAGACUGGAUCCAGUGCUCAUCCUGUCGUGGAUGGAUACAUGAAGCAUGUGCAGACAUUCCAGAGUGUGGAGAUGACUAUAUAUGUGAUCGAUGCAGACAAAUGUCCAUUUUCGAGUGGAGAGCCAUUGCUUUCUUGUUGAUAGAAAUGCCCAAGCACCUAGACGACACACAAAGGCUUUGCUUUAGUAAAAAACAUAAACCUAUCCACAACCAAGAAAAGUGGGAAAUCGAUACGGUCAGUCAACUUACAGCUUCCAUGGAAGAUGCCUUUUCAUGA